UGCAAGAUACGAUAGAAAUUUAGAAAAUUUAUCAUAUUCUUCACAUGGAAAGUAAAAUCUUGGUUAUCGGCCCGGAAGGCGGUGGAAAAACGAUGUUAUUGAAAAGACUCGAAAGUUACACAUCACAAAUGCCGUGUGUUGAGAGCGAUAUAAAAAUUGGUGAACCACCGUCAACCAUAGCAACAGUUGGAGUCAAUCUGACAUCAUUGAAAAUAAACAAAAUGAAAUUUUCCUUCAGAGAAUUAGGUGGUGCGAUGGCUCCCGUUUGGUCUAAUUACUUUAAAGAUUCAUCACAUUGUAUAUAUGUUAUAGACAUGGCAAAUAGAGAGCAGAUUUCAGCUUCUACUAUACUUUUACUGAAUUUGUUGUCUGCAACAGAAACCAACAAUUGGACUGUUUUAGUUUUGUUUAAUAAGAAUGAUAUACCGUGUGCAAUGUCUCGGAUGGAAAUAACUUCUAUUAUGCGUUUAGAAGACAUUAUUCAACGCUCAAAUCAAAAAAUAUCAGUUGUUGAGACUUGUUUACAUAAUGGUAGAGGAUUGUCACAAGUUGUUGAUUGGCUCAAGCAAACUUGCAAAGGAAAAUAAAAUUUCUCAAUACAGUUAUUUUUAAUUCAA